AUGCCCGAUGUGAAGAGGAAGGAGAGGGUGCCCCUGCUCUCCAUCAUCGCCAUCAUUGAACGACCGUCGACAAACGGAUUCACGCUGCCAUCUGCACAAGAGGACGAGGUGGGAGGUAGUACGGUGGUAGCCGAGGGUGUCGUAGGUGGCAUAAGGGGCCCAGGCGGCGGGUGCCGCGCAUCCUCGAUGACGAUGGCCGAGAGCGCCGUGGAGGACGCCGCAGCCGCGCCCCCGGGUCCGGCCAAGCCACCACCGCCCUCCUGCACGAACAACAACACCCUCGCGGCGACGGCCAACCGUAACCAUCGGAACCCCCGCAAGAAACGGAGACGACUGGAACAGGUCGUGGAUACAUUGCAAGCUCACCGAAGCUCGCCGUCCGAGGGCGAAGUGUUGAGAUUCGAGGGCAGCGGUCCCGUGUCGGAGGAGGAGGACGUGUUCGGCUCGCCUAGAUCGUCGUCGUCGCGAUCCGCCGCGGAUACCACUCCGGUGAUCAGUCAGCUGCCACUGAGGUUGAAGGACGCGGAAUCGGUGACGUCGACCGAGGAGGAACUCCACGAAGCCGGUCAACAGCAUCACCAUCAUCCCCACCAUCGACCGUAUCGCUCGUACUCGUACCACCAUCAUCAUCAUCAUCAUCGGCACCGUUAUUCGCCCUACCAGAACAACCAUCGGUUGUCGACGCCCAAGUAUCCCGACUGCAUGUGCAGCCAGUGCUCGCAGUCGCUGGCUGCGUCGGCGGCGGCUGCGGCAGCGGCGGCGACGACGAUAAUGCUGCCGACGGCGACGUCUCUGCAGACACCGCUAUCGCGAUCCAGUUUCGCGUCUUAUAGCAGUAUAUGCGGCACGUACAGCAUAUUCGAGCAGUAUAUGCAUAAUAAGUACCUGACGCCAUCGUCGUCAUCGGGCGACACCUUCCGUGGACGCAGCCAUUCUGACUCGGACGUGGUGCCUAGAUGGGACGACACGAGGGUGACCGCCUCGACUACUUGCUCCUCGUCGUCCUCUGUCAUCAGUCAUCCACCGCGAAGCGGUUCCCUCGAGAGUGACGGUACGAGUCCCCAGGAAUCGCCAUUAGAUCUCUCCAUGAAGAAUCUUACGUUGCAAUCCGCCGCAGCCGCCGCGGCGACAGCGGCGGCUUCCGCCAUGUCGCCGGCUCUUCAGCUUCUACCACCCGGUGUCGUGACGCGAGGUGCUGUAAACGUGCCCGUCGUGAGGGGCGACGUUGCGUCACCCACGACAAAGGAGAGCGUCGCUGUACGGUACAACCUGGAGGUUUUGCCCGUCGUGGAGGAAAUGGCACCGGGCACGGAUGUGGCUUACGUGUGUCCCGAGUGCGGGCAAAUGUUCAGUCUACACGAUCGUCUGGCGAAACACAUGGCGUCUAGGCAUCGUCGGCAGGGCCUCCACGAUGCCUCGGCGAAGGCGUACCUGUGCGACGUGUGUCAGAGGAGCUUCGCCAGAUCCGACAUGCUGACCAGGCAUAUGAGAUUGCACACUGGCGUCAAGCCGUACACGUGCCGGGUCUGCCGGCAAGUGUUUAGCAGAUCCGAUCACCUCAGCACCCACCAGCGGACCCACACAGGCGAGAAACCAUACAAGUGUCCGCAGUGCGCGUACGCGGCCUGCCGCAGGGACAUGAUCACCAGGCACCUCAAGACCCACAAUCGGUGCGCGGACGGUCCGACCCCGAAGACGGAACCAGGUCUGCUCGGUAGCGAGGAGUGUCCUGCCUUCGGCCAGAACGUGACGGCAGCACCAUCGGCGGUUAUCAAGGCCGAAUGACGACGGCCGGUCGGAUGACCCUGGUUGCACCCUGGUAGCAGAUGCCAGCGAGGACAUCGCGGCAGGAUCGAUCGAGGAUCCCCAGGGACGGCCUUCGCGGUUCGACCGGGACUUCGCCGAAACGCUUCGAAGGAACGAAGUCGCCGCUCGGUGAAUAUAACAAAUUGAUGCUUGAAGAGAUCGCGAUCUUUCGGUGGAGCGGAUCGAUGGAAGGGAGGAUUUGUUUUGUUAUCAAAAUUCGGGGCUCCGACAGAUGCUAAUUAGAGUCUGUGAUCGUGGUUAAGAUUACGGAACGGCCACUAUUUUGGAAAAGAUUGCAGCUAAGACGCGUUAAUUUCACUCUUUCGCGUUGAGACUUGUUUUUGCGACAAAAAAAUUUACAUUUGAUAAACUUAAAGAAUUUAUUAUAAUAUGCAAAAAUAUGAUUAUUUAUUUUACGAUAUGAAAGAUAUAGUAAUUGUAUAUACAUGACAUUCGCAGUUCGCAAGAAUUAUUUUGCUGUCAAAAAAACAUAGUAAUUUCAAUAUUCUGCGAUCUUUUGCCGUAUUUCCAGGCUUUAAAAUCUUUCUUUACACGUCGUUCUCAGCGAAAGAGUUAAAUUCACACGUCGAAAGAGCAUCAUGAAGAGCUGAGUGAUGGAUAGAAACUUCGCCCCCCGUGAGUAUAUUAUAUUUAUAUUAUUUGUCAAAACAAUAAAUGAUUUUUUUUUUUUUUAUUUGAUGAUUGUCCGCGAAUUGCCUAGAAAUCAUUACCCUUUCAUGCGUCAUAUGCAAUCGCGCCACGAUCACGCGCGUCAGCGAACAAUGCCGAACAGUAUUACCGUAUUUCUUUGAUCUUCCGUCUGAUUCCGCUUCCGCGAAUCGUAUAUUUUCAACCUUUGAAAUUCGCAAAUUCGUCUACGUGAUGACGAGUCUCGUACGACUUCGGCCGGAAAACAAUCCGAUAACACAAUACGCAGUUUUGUAAAAAUUAUUAAUAACGAAGAGCUUGUUAAAAAAAAAAAUCUAUUUCAAAUAACUUACUUUAUUUAUUAACAAACUUAAUUGUGUGUCUUGUUUGAAAUUUAUUUUAAUAGAUAUUUUGCAGAAAUAUUUCUAUUAUUUAAAAAAUUUCUUAAAACUCGAUCUUAAGAUUUCUUUGCUUCGAUCAGUCACUGCGUCGAUGGUUGUUCUCGAAUGUUCUCUGACCGUCAGCGUUAUGAAAAAAAUGUAUAUCACCGAGUACUCUCUUUUAUACGUCUUCUGCUCUCUCGUUCUCGAUGCGUAAAGUUAAGUAAUAGAAGCUGAAAGUAAAG